AUGGAAGUCCACGUCGUCUCAAAACAUGACAACUCCCAGCAUGCGACCUUCACGCUGCCCGAUGAUACGACUCUGCCAGAAUUGGGAGACUCGUCUAUUCGCAUCCGCACCCAAAUUGUCAGUUUAACAUCUAAUAAUUUGACCUAUGCUCGCAUGGGAUUCCUUGCGCGUUGGUGGGAUACCUAUCCCGUGGCUGAUUAUUAUCCGGCGCCUUAUAACGAUCCCACCGACUGGGGCAUUGCUCCAGCUUGGGGCCAUGCGACCGUUGAAGAGAGCAACAUCCCAGAUCUUGUUCCUGGGACAGUUCUUCAGGGAUUCUGGCCUACUUCGGCUGCCUUGACAGAUCUCAAAUUGGAACCAUCUCUUCCCGCUGGACAUUGGAUUGAGACUAGUGAGCAUCGCCAGAAGCUUAUGCCGCUGUAUAACCGUUAUGUCCAUGUACCGGAGUCACUACAGAAUAUAUCCCGCACUCAGUCUCUCGACUCCGCAGAGCAAGAAAAAAUUGAUCGCCUAGCCUGGCCUUCCGUCGUAUUAUGUCGGGCUGGAAACCAUUUAAAUGAAUAUGUCUUCCCAGUACAACCGGAAACAACGACACCAAUUCAUCCAUAUGGCGGGAAAUCAGGACUAAGAGCUAUGUGGACAGCGGCUGAUGGAGAUGUAACUUCUGCUGUCAUGGUUAGUCUGGGUGCAUCUACCAAGACUGCUCUUGGAUUUGCAUACUUCUUCAACAGGCGACCGAAGCACUCUGCUUCACUUGGGUUUCUGCAAGUGACCUCCUCAGUUGAUCAGAUUUCUACUGCUACUGAAAUGGCAAACCCUGUAUUCCCUUGCAAAGCAGUUGAUUAUACGGAUAUUUCCAGCGUCGAAACUUCAAAAUGGCUAGAGGAGCGUCGUCCCUCUAAGAUUGUGAUUUUAGAUUUUGGUGCUCGGUCCAACGCGUUGGACAAGCUCUUGGAUUUGAUCAAAAAUAGCGACACUCUUAAAUCUGCAAUUGAGGUGAUUAUCCAGAUUGGAAGCCAGCAAAAGGUCUACACUCCUGAAGAGAGUCACGCCUCUCAACAGUCAAUGAUUGAUCUUGGCAAGGUCCAGUAUAAUACUUCCGGAAUUGAGGAUACUGCGAUCGAAUUUCUGGGAUUGGAGAAAUUCUUCAGUAAGUUACUCGAUAGCCAAUUAGACAUGGUGAAUCAUCGCCACGAGUGUGCACCUGGACUAGAGCUCAUCUGGGGCCAAGGUGUGGCUGGUCCCAAUGGCAUCUCAAACGGAUGGGAUCUUUUGUGCAAGGGUCAGGCGGGCCCCAACGAGGGUCUUGUGUAUAGGGUGCAACCAGUCAAUUCGGCUUAA